AUGUCGUCGAGCAAUGCUGGGUCUCAAUUGUUUGGUGACAAAGAUCCUUUUGUCAUUGUGAAUUCAUAUGAGGACAUUACUGUCACUGCUACACCUCAGAAGAAAAAGAAGAAGAGGAUCGUAAAGGUAGGCGAUAGGGCGAAAUCCAAGAAAGCUAAAACGGAUGCGUCCUUGAAGGAAACCACACAGCCGGGUAUCGAGACGGUGCCCCUUGCCACUGAGUUUGUUCAGGAACCUAUGCUAGAAGCAGGGCCAAGCAUUGUUCCCCCCGUGGUAGAGAAAGGGAAAGACCCCCUCGAGGGAGAGGCAAUAGUCUUGCCCCCUCAGCUGUUCGAGGGAGGCCCGUCUGUGGCAGUUCACACCUUUAGCAACCCACCGUCAAUCAAGUGUCUGAUCCUUGAGGAAUUAGCUGCUCAGCUGAAUGAAGCCAACAGCCUGAGACUGAUAAGUGCGACCUCGAUGGCCUACCUAGUGCAGUUGAGGAAACUUCGAGAGGACCUGGCAACAGCUCGAGCGGAAAGGGAUGAGGCGUUGUUUGAGGUGGUGACUCUCGAGGAGAAGGCCCACCAAGUUCAGGCUAAGGAGGCUGAGAUUGCCAUGGUGCAGGCUAAAUAUGAUGAGCUGGAUGAGAAGAUGAAGUCAUUCGCUAGCUUGCACAUCUCGAAAGAGGAACUGCAUCAGUGGUGCAUUGCAUUCAUGUAUAAGAUGCUGUCGACAGGAGGAAUGGCUACAGCACUCGAGGAGAUGAACUUGGUUGCUACCAAGUGCGAGGCGCACCGGGUUGGCGUGGCGGGGUUGAAAAGGCUCGACCAAGAUAGGCCGAUUAAAGCUAAAUGGUUCAAACAGCUCCUGAUGAAGGACCCGAAGAAAACCAUGCACGAGGCCAUGGUGAAGGUCCUGACAAAGCUGAACCUUGAGCAGCUAACUCUGUGGGAGGCUUUGACUGGCGCCAUGGCAAAGAUGAGUUCUCCGGUGGAGAUUGCUUCAUUCCCAGGCGACGUCCCUGCUAUCCUGGCCAAGGGUCCAAGCGAGGAGGACCUCAUACCUGAUGUACCCGAUGAGUACAUGGUAUCGAGCUCGAGGACACUGACGACGACACCGAGGAGGACGUUGCUGAAACCGGCCAUUCAGCGUCGAGAUGUUCAAAGUCUGAAAGACCACAGUGAUUCUUUGACUUUCGAGGCCGAGAUUCACGAUGAGCUGGUUAACCUGGAGAAAGAAAACGCUCGGCUUAGGGCAAGGCAGCAAAUCACUGUGUCUCCCUGGUUUCUCGAGAAGCACCAAGUGUUAGCUCGAGUCCAGCACAUGAUUAUGGUCAGGACUCGCCAUUUUAUUGCAGCCAUGGAUAUACUGAAAGAGAGAUCUCGUGAGAUCAAGCUUCUUACAGAUUAUAUUGCCCAACUGCAAAAUCUACUGUUGGAUAACAACAUUGACUUCGAGGUUUUCGAGCGUCCGGAGGAAACCGUGGAUCCUCGAACUCGGAGUUCUCGAGAAGAGCUGUUAAUGAGGGUGCACGCUCAGGACAUAGAGAUCGUGGACCUUAAGGAUAAAUUGAAUCAAUGUGUGAAUCUCCUUAGUCUACAUGGGUAUAAGGGGAUUAUUCAUCCCUCCUCCGACAAUCCUGUCAGGGAGGUCCUUGUAAUAGUGUAG